AUGUGUGAUAUAACAGAUGAAGAAAAGCAAAAAGUGAUUGAAGAUAUAUGCGAAACAGCAAAACCGGGUGAUAUGCUAGAAUUCGAUAGAGGUCAAUACAAUCACUGGGCAAUCUAUAUUGGUGGCGGUUAUGUUAUUCAUCGGUGGAAUAAUGAUAGUGACACCGAACAAUCUACAUCUUUUUUGAAAAGUAUUAUGACUAAUUUUGGUGCACAGUCUGACAAUGGUAAAAUAGUGAAAUCAAAAUUAUUUGAUGUAUUGAAAUACGGUAUUAAAGUGCGAGUGAACAAUUAUCUCGAUUCUGAACGUCAACCAUUGGAUGUUCAAGUCAUUCUUGAAAAAGCUGAAAGAGUUGUUGGUCAAAAAGGUUAUGAUUUAAUAUGUUGUAACUGUGAACAUUUUGCUACUGAAUGCCGUUAUGGGGUACCAAUAUCUCGUCAAGUAGACAUAAUUGGUGUGUUGUUAUUUUCAAUUGUGACAUUGAAUGGAACUAAGCUGAUUUCAUCUAGGUCCAAAGCUGGUGCUUCACAAAGAUAG